GUGGUCACUGACCGGAGACUCUUCUGCCUUUAUUCUCCUCAAAUCACACCGCAUGUCUGACCCAGGGGUCCAACCUGCUGCUGGGAGAAAUCUGCACUCACAUCCCCGAGAUCUGUCAGAUGGAUGCGGAGCUGAGGAUGAAAAGAUCGCCUGAUAUGUUUGUUGGCAUUUUCGCUCAUCGCCUAUUUAUGGGAGGCAGCGGCAGCGGCGGCGGCUCGGCCCUUUCUUUAUUAUAAGGAAAGAGAUCUCCGCGGUUAUAGCUAUGUGAAAAGAGCGGAUCGCCGAAUAAUUCUCGUUUCGCGAUCCCGAGGAAUAAUUAUGAACAACGCGCAAGAUAUGUCGCCUGAUUUCGUGUUGAUGCGCCUGGUUUCCGCGGCCGAGGAUGACCGCUUGGACGCGGAAAACGGGAAUCUGCCACCGGGAGGAGUGUCGGUGGCGGGGCUGGGGAAGGACGUCCUGGCUCACAGCGGCGUCAAACCGGGGUUGGAUAUCAGCCGAGACCCGACGGUGGGCCUUGAGCAUCCCAACAAAGGCCAUCCGCCGCACGGAGAGACUGCACCUGACACCGGGGGGACGGAGAGCCGAGCCCCGGCGCCUGCUCCGCCGCAGAGCCCCAUGGAGGCCCAGGGCUUUGACUUCGCCCCCAGCCCCGGUUUAAGGCCUCAGCUGCUCGUCUUCUCCAAUAUAAUGCGGAAUGGAGAGGGGAUUUUAGAAUUAGACCGUCGGAAUCAGCAAAGGGAUGCUCUGGGUUUGGAUCAGAGGCGCGGGCCGGCGGUCAAUAACAACAGCCGGAGCACCGGGGACGCGCAGCAGCAGGACCUGAUGGACCGGACAUGGGGAGCGCAUCCGCCGGGCGAGAUGCACCAGGGAGCUGCGGAGCUUUGCCGCCGGCACCGACUCAUCACUACCACGCCCGAGUGGCCCUUGUUGUCGGAGAGAUCUAACCCUCUCACCGUGAUUGACUCUAAAUGGGGGUGCGCCUCCAGGGACAGAGAGGGAGCCGUGUUCGAGCUGGCGCGACGUUUCGGGGAGCUGGGGGUCGGUGCGGUGCCCAAGAUGCUGCUCAAAGCCGGGGAGCUCCCGCAGUGUUCGUGUCAGGGAGCUCACAGGCCGGCCGGAGGAGGAGUGGAGCCCAGGGACGACCCCACUGAAACCAGCGAUGCUCUGCUGGUGCUGGAGGGGCUGGGGAGCGGGGAUGUCGGCCUUGACAUGGACGAGUGCACGGAGGGGGAUCCGGACGAUGAGAUCGGACGCAGAGAGUUUCUACUGAACAGGAAGAGGGAAAUAGUUCAGAAAAUGUCGGGGUCUUUCUCCAUCAGCAGCUUCCAGGCGGAGUUGAGGCGGCAGGUGGAGGGGAGCGAGGCGGCGGCUGCACACCUGCACGGCUCUCAGGUGUGCAGCCUCCACGGGGGGUUAGCCAGGAGGAUCUCGCAGGUAAGCUCCGGGGAUUCAGAGGUGACAGCCCAGGUUUCAGCCACAACACCGUUAUCUACACCCACACCGGUCCAGAACUCACCUUGGGGCACAAGUCCGAACCUGAGCCAGGUGUCCACCCCCAGGAGGAGGCCGGAGAGGUGUGCCAGCGCGCCCAGGACUCCCACAUCUGGCUGGGGCUCCGGGGGGGAAAAGAUGCUCAAAGUGCCAGGGAAGUCCAAAAAGGGCUCGUUAAAGAUCCGCCUGAGUAAACUGUUUGGACUAAAAAGCUGCAGCGGCUCCAAUCACCUGCUGGACAAAAGGCCCUCAGUGACCUACUCAGUAUCCUCUGCUGGGAGUCUGGUGGACAUGGCGAGCAGCCCUGGAGCUGAGCCGGACAGCCACAGCCAGCCCAGACUGACCCGGGCGCACAGUGCCUUCUCCCCCGCCUCCCUCUCUGCCUCCCUCUCUGCUUUCACCGGUGAGACAGUUUCCCUGGUGGAUGUUGAUAUUUCGCGGCGAGGGGCGAACACGCCUCACCCCCCCACGCCUCCCCCUCCUCCACGCAGAAGCCUCAGCCUGUUAGAUGACAUAGCGGGGCCUCAGCCUGGUCCCUUCCUAGUGAGUGUAAUGGGCGCCUCCCUGCAGUCCCUCCCUCUUCCUCUCCCUCCUCCUCCUCUUCCCUCACACGCCACCAUCCAGCACAGUCUCAGCCUCAAUGACGCCUUCCUCCGGGCCCUCCCCCACGCAGCCCCCUCCCCGAUGGACGCCCCCCCCUCCAGACAGGCUCCGCCCCCCAUGCUGUGUGCCCUGAGGCGAUCUGAGGCCAGCAACUUCACCGCCAGCCUGCGAGAGCUGGAGAAGUGCGGCUGGUACUGGGGUCCGAUGAACUGGGAGGACGCGGAGAUGAAGCUGAAGGGGAAACCUGACGGAUCCUUCCUGGUGAGGGACAGCUCGGACCCUCGAUACAUCCUGAGCCUCAGCUUCAGGUCGCAGGGCGUCACACACCACACACGCAUGGAGCACUACAGAGGGACGUUCAGCCUGUGGUGUCACCCGAAGUUUGAGGACCGCUGCCACUCGGUGGUGGAGUUUAUCGAGCGAGCCAUCAUGCACUCCAAGAACGGAAAAUUCCUCUACUUCCUGCGCUCCAGAGUCCCAGGGCUUCCUCCCACCCCGGUCCAGCUUCUGUAUCCUGUUUCCCGCUUCAGCAACGUGAAGUCUCUUCAACAUCUCUGUCGCUUCUGCAUUCGACAAAUGGUCCGCAUCGACCACAUCCAGGAGCUUCCACUGCCCAGACCGCUAAUAUCGUACCUGAGUAAGUUUUAUUACUACGACCCUGAGGAGGAGACGUACCUGUCCAUCAAGAGCGUCCGGAGAGGGGGGGGCGGGCAGGAGGCCGAGUCGCAGACGUAG